UGUAGGAGGCGUGUGUGUUUAUGUUUGUGUGCGUGAGAGAGACAGCAGGGCUAGCCUCGGCGCCACAUGACGUCACGAGCUUCCCCGAAAGUCAAAACAAGCGUUGAUGCGGUAACGGCGCUUCCCCCGCUUUGCUCGUCGGAAACCCGUCAAAAGGAAGAUUCCUGCCCAUGGGAUUUGGAUUGUAAAUAACGCAAGGACAACCGGUAUAAAACGCUGCUUUCCACUAUGAGCGGCAACUAAAGGGAAAUAAGAGCCGGGGCUCCGAGGAUCGCACCUGCUGCUUCAGGCUGAGUCACUGCCGGUGAGGAGAAAGGUCUGGAGAGGGAACAGGAGAGGAAGAGGAGGAGGUGGUGGCAGCAGAGGAGGACAAGAAGAAGUAAAAGAAGCGGAGCGGGAGAAAGAUAAAACACAACUGGAAGCCCGACGACAGACACACACACACAUCGAGUGUUUGUGUCGGCGAGUGAGAGAGACAGACCACGUGAACGAGAGGGCGAACAGCAAAGGAAGGAAGGAAGGAAGGGAGGGAGAGUGACGCGAGGCUGGGAGAGCUGCCCCCCUCCUCCUCCGCCUCCACCACCUCCUCUCCUCUCCUCUCCUCCCCUCCCUCUCGCUCUCUGUGGAGCAGGCGUGUAGCGGCAACACACUCGGCGUGGAGGAACCAUGAGCGAUGUCACCGUCGUUAGAGAGGGAUGGCUUCAGAAACGGGGUGAAUACAUAAAGAACUGGCGGCCACGUUACUUCCUGCUAAAGACGGACGGCUCUUUCAUCGGCUACAAGGAGAAACCUCAGGACGCCGACCUUCCCUACCCGCUGAAUAACUUCUCUGUAGCAAAAUGCCAGCUGAUGAAGACGGAGCGACCCAAGCCGAACACCUUCAUCAUACGCUGCCUGCAGUGGACCACCGUCAUUGAGAGGACCUUCCACGUGGACUCACCUGAUGAGAGGGAUGAGUGGACAGAGGCCAUCCAGAUGGUCGCAGACAAGCUGCAGAGGCAAGAGGAGGAGAGGAUCCAGUGUAGCCCCACCUCCAACAUUGACAACAUGGUGGAGGAGGAGAUGGACAUCUCCACCACACACCACAAACGCAAGGUUGUAACAAAUACAAUGAGCGACUUCGAUUACCUGAAGUUGUUAGGAAAAGGAACCUUUGGGAAAGUGAUUCUGGUCCGGGAGAAGGCCAGUGGGAAAUACUACGCCAUGAAGAUUCUGAAAAAAGAAGUUAUCAUCGCCAAGGAUGAAGUAGCGCACACCCUCACAGAAAGCCGAGUACUGAAAAACACCAGACACCCCUUUCUCACUUCAUUGAAGUAUUCAUUCCAGACAAAAGACCGUCUCUGUUUUGUCAUGGAGUACGUUAAUGGAGGAGAGCUGUUUUUCCAUUUGUCCAGAGAGCGGGUGUUCUCCGAGGACCGCACGCGCUUCUACGGCGCCGAGAUCGUGUCGGCCCUCGACUAUCUGCACUCAGCCAAGAUCGUGUACCGGGACCUCAAGCUCGAGAACCUGAUGCUGGAUAAAGACGGCCACAUCAAGAUUACAGACUUCGGCCUCUGCAAAGAAGGCAUCACGGACGCCGCCACCAUGAAGACUUUCUGCGGCACGCCAGAGUACCUUGCACCCGAGGUCCUGGAGGACAACGACUACGGCCGGGCGGUGGACUGGUGGGGUCUGGGAGUGGUGACGUACGAGAUGAUGUGCGGACGGCUGCCCUUCUACAACCAGGACCACGAGAAGCUGUUUGAGCUCAUCCUGAUGGAGGACAUCAAGUUCCCGCGCACCCUUUCAGCCGACGCCAAGUCGCUGCUGUCCGGCCUGCUCAUUAAAGACCCCAACAAAAGACUUGGUGGAGGACCAGAAGAUGCCAAGGAAAUAAUGAGACACACUUUCUUUGCUGGGGUGGACUGGCAGGAUGUGUACGACAAAAAGAUGGUUCCUCCCUUCAAGCCCCAGGUGACGUCAGAGACCGACACCAGAUAUUUUGACGAGGAGUUCACGGCACAAACCAUCACAGUGACGCCGCCUGAGAAAUUCGACGAGGACGGGAUGGACUGUCUGGACAACGAGAGACGGCCGCACUUCCCGCAGUUCUCCUACUCUGCCAGCGGGCGGGAAUGAACUUGUCCCCCAUGGUGACAUCAUCACAGCUGGUCUACGAGCUCAUCAGUGCGGGACGAGGACAGCACAGACCCUUCACUUUCGGACUGAACAACCCCCCUUUUGUGUAGGGGUCCUGGGGCGGGGGGUACAACCAUCCUAUUGGUUCAUGAACGGAGCUCGUUAAGGUACGAACGUCCGGUUAGCCGCGAGCGCCAACGCGGGAGGGGGACUGCUGUGCUCUGACGCGUCUGCUCGGCCGUCCCGCUCCUGGCUUGUGGAGGCGGACUGCCACCGGCGGUUUUAUCUCAGGCUUCCUGCGCACGCCUCAAUCAUUCCGGGGUCCACCGAGGGGGUCCAGCAGGCCACAUGUAGGCAGGAUUCCACUCAGGUUCCACUCGAUGCAAUCCAUUCUCCUCGUUGCUGCUAUUCCAACACCCACCACUAGGGGACAGGAACACAACCAGCCCCCCCCUCUUCUCCCCCUGGCUUUAACGCCAUCAAUAACAACGCAACGCGUCGCCUGUGCUUGCUAACUUGCUGCUAAUGCGGAGCUACGACACAUCAACAUGGAUUGAAAAGAAAGAUGUCAUGUGUGCUUGUGAGGAGGUUGAAGGCAGCCAAUCAGAGCACAGCAGUCCCCUCCGAGUCAGCAGUGACGCCCGCUCCAAUGUUGUCACCAGGGAAGCUUUACGGACCAUCCAUCAAGGUACUUCUUUAUUCUUGCACUCAUACUUUUUAUAUUUGACUUUUUUUUAAUGCCAACACGCUUUGUUAGGGCUGAGAAACAAAACUAAAGAAUGUAGGAGGACAAAACGUGUCGCGUUCCCUCCGCCAAGGAAUUAUUUAUGAUUUUAUUUAUUGUCAUCAGCUCGUCUUGUCCACUAGAGGGGGCCCACGAGCACAGGCCUCCACCAAGGUUACUUGAGUGGCUCCUUCUUUCCCCCCCCCCGCUGGUGGCAAAGUGUGAUGAGAACCAUAGAACCAAAAUCGGGGCUUUUUGGCACGGGAGCAGAGCGACAAAAGUCUCCGUCCUGGCUGCUCAGUACAAUAUGGCCAAGUCAACAAUGAAUGUUUUAGUUCACUUUUAGCUCAACAUCGACCACACUGGACUCUUGCUUUUGAAUAAACUUAUGCAAAUUAGCUUUACUGCGCGCUCGUCCAGGCUGCUCGGUACAAUAUGGCUGCGAGAGUAAUAAUAUCAAGACGAUAUUUUGUUUGUACGUUACCUUCUUUUUACACUUGAAUGGAUGCUCCAUUGGGAAACGUUGCCUGUGCAGAACAUAAAAGGUUCUGUGACGGCUGCAGUUUUGACACUGGAACGGAUAGUUUUGUCAUUCCAGAAGCAGAAGACUGUGGUGUCAGUUGAGGGGGGGGGAGGGAGAGGGGGGGGGGGGAUAGUGUGUGUUUGGCUUUGGAGCAGGGGUGUCGAACUCGUUUAGCUCAGGGGCCACAUGGAGGAAAAUCCAUUCCAAAGUAAAAUCCUGGCAUGAUAACCUAAAAAUAAAGACAACUUCAGAUUGUUUUGUUCAAAAAUAGACCAAGUACUUUCUGGAAGUUUUCUAACUUCAUUAGUCGUAUUUUACUUACUGAAUGAAUGUUAUGUUCAUUGAGUCUUAAAGUUUUAAAAUUGCUAAUGCGACACCUAGUGGACACAUUCAGAACAGCAGUUUCUUUCAUUUAAUCAUGUCAGCUGGCGUUUAACUCGUCUCGCGGGGCCCUAGGUUUGACACCCCUGUUCUUGGGGGGUCCCACUGUGCACUCCCCGUGUCUGCACUUUUAUCCAGAUUUGCACCGACGCGUUAAUGUUACACACAGAAACAGAUUGAGAUUUAUUUUUAUACUUUACCUGGCAUGUGGCCUUGGUGGAGGUCUUUGUUCUGUGCUCGUGUUACUUUUUUGUGUAUUUUUGUGAGGACCACGGCUGACUGGAGGCGCUGAAGACAGACGUGAAGGUUUGCUAAAACGAUGACAGGUGACAUGAUGCGUGAUUGCAAGGAGGAAGGUAAGCGGCAAGUAGAAAGUCCACUGAAAGGAAGUGAGGAAGGAAGUGAGGUUAGUGUUCAAACAUUCCAGGCAGGAAAGGAAAGACAAGAAGUUUCUGUCUUUAACGCGUCUUCCAGUAGCUUCUACAAAGUGCGUGAUUGUUUUCCAGUCGGACCACUAACAUGUCCCCCAUCGUCUUUUUUGUCUUCACACGCCAGUAAAGCCUUACGGUUUCACUCCAAAUAAGAAAAAAACAAAAAACAUUGAGAUUUUAUGGAGGAGGCAGUUUCAAGUACAGCUGGGGGAUAUGCUCUUAUUCUUCUUAGACAAAUGUUAUUUAUUCUUCUUCUUCUUUGAAUGUCAUUGAUAACUUGAACUUCUUUUCCAAUUAAUUUAUUCUUUUUGUUAGCACCUCCAGGUUGUGUUUGUGCGUUCAUUCUGCAGUCUGAGUUCUCACAGGCGUCUUUUAAAAAGAAAUGCAGCCUCUUUUUUUUGUUUGUUUUGUUGUUGUUCUGGACAGAUUUGUCACAUGACUUGUUUCUACUGCUGCUCUUUUACGUCCAUUAAACUAGCAAAAGUCCA